ACCAAGAUGGCGUCUCGAACAGAGAGCGAAGAGAGUGGAGUUGGUCUCGAACAAAACGAUGAAAACCCAAUGAAAGCCGAUGAACCAGUAGGCAAUGUAUCCCGAUUUUGUUGCCUUCCACCUGGACAUUCAGGAAAACCUAAGAAAGGACAUCUGAUCUUCGAUGCUUGCUUUGAAAGCGGCAAUCUUGGAAGAGUCGACUACAUCACCGAAUUCGAAUACGAUUUGUUUGUGCGACCUGAUACUUGUAAUCCUCGCUUUAGAGUAUGGUUUAACUUUACUGUUGAAAACACAGCACCUUAUCAGAGAGUCAUUUUCAAUAUAGUUAACUUUAGUAAGACAAAAAGCCUUUACAGAGAAGGAAUGACUCCACUAGUCAAGUCUACAAGUCGUCAAAAGUGGCAGAGAAUCCCCGCUAAGAAUUGCUUUUAUUAUCGCUGCCCCGAUCACAGGAAAAACUACGUCUUGUCAUUUGCCUUUGCCUUUGAUAAUGAAACAGAUGUUUAUCAGUUCGCUUACUGUUUUCCUUACACUUAUUCACGUUUGCAAAACUACCUGGACGGCCUUGAACAAAAAGACUGCGAUUUCUUUACAAGAGAACUGCUUUGCACAACGGUACAGCAAAGAAGACUUGACCUUCUCACUAUCACGAACCCUGAGAAUAACAAAGCAAAGAUUCGUAAACGCGUUGUGUUCAUUACUGCAAGAAUUCAUCCUGGUGAAACCCCGUCAUCAUAUGUUUGCCAGGGACUGAUUGACUUUCUGAUGAGUAACCAUCCAACUGCCAAGGUUCUCAGAGAUUACCUAGUAUUCAAGAUAGUACCCAUGCUCAACCCUGAUGGAGUAGUACUUGGUAAUUAUCGCUGUUCAUUGAUGGGAUUUGAUCUCAACCGUCACUGGCAUGAGCCCUCCCCCUGGGCACACCCUACUCUUGUGGCCACAAAGAAUCUCGUCAUGGAACUUGAUAGUGACAGUACCGCACAUCUUGACUUCUACAUUGAUAUUCAUGCUCAUUCAACAUUGAUGAAUGGAUUUAUGUAUGGCAAUGUCUAUGAAGAGGAAGAGAGAUUUGAAAGGCAAGCAGUUUUUCCCAAGCUCCUUUGUGCUAAUGCUGAUGACUUCUCCAUGUCAAACACAUCGUUUAACCGAGAUGCUAUGAAAGCUGGUACUGGAAGGAGGUUUCUUGGAAGCUCUCUUGAUCCUGCAACACAUUGCUACACUUUAGAAGUGUCAUUUUUCAGCUACCAUGCCAAUGGAGGCAUGUCACCAUACACUGAGGAAGGCUACUUCAAGCUUGGAAGAAAUGUUGCUCGUACAUUUUUAGACUAUUAUAAACUAAACUCUCUCGUUGCCAAGAGCAGUAAAGGCGAAGUCAAGAAAACUCCAAACACAAGAAGGUCAAGCAAUGGUUCGUCAAAAAGUCAAAAUGCUCAUGACCCUAAUUUAACCUAUCCAGUAAAAUUCUGAUGAGAUGAACUUAUAACAGUAAGAAUAUGACAUUUCCCAUCAAGUCUGGAGUCAAAUAAAAUAUCUUUUGAAUUACGUAGGGUUUAGAGUAAGGGAUUUUAAUCCCUUAAAAGUGCUAUUUCAAAUAGUUAAAUAUUAUGGUAUCAUGUAAAAUGAUCUAAAUUUAUGUAGUAUUUCAAUGUUAAUUAAAAGCAAUCUUGAAAAAUUUUAAGUCUUUUAAUAUCA